GUAUCAAGAAGAUCGUGUAAGAUCAGAGGCUCUCAUUGGUUGAACGGAACACACUCGAUUGCAGUUGUCUUUCAGCGUGGAUAGUCCGAGAAAAGAUGGCGAACUGGUGUGUACGUGCGGUCAGACAAAGUUAUUCUGUAUUAGCAUCCCCUACACUUGUAAGGGCGGCUCCACGUCUUCUUUGCACUGCAGCCCAGCAGAAAAGUUCAGGAACUGGUACUGAUGAAGAAAAUGGUGCUCAGAAGCCAGAGCUCAGUGCAACAGAAAAAGCAUGGGCAGAGGAAAAGAUACAACUAGAAGAACAGCUGAAAGAUGUUACGGAUAAAUACAAGCGGGCACUAGCUGAUACUGAGAACUUGAGGCAAAGGAGUCAAAAGAUGAUUGAUGAUGCUAAACUCUAUGGAAUCCAGGGCUUCUGCAAAGAUCUCUUGGAGGUAGCAGACAUUUUGGAAAAGGCAACAGAAAGUGUACCAAAAGCGGAAAUAACACCUGCAAAUCCUCACCUGAAAAACCUCUACGAUGGUCUUGUAAUGACUGAGGUUCAGAUUCAGAAGGUCUUCAACAAACAUGGACUCAUAAAGCUUAACCCUGAUGGUCGGAAAUUUGAUCCUUAUGAGCAUGAGGCUGUCUUUCAUGCACCUGUGGAUGGCAAGGAGCCGGGUACCAUAGCUAUAGUCACGAAGGUGGGCUACAAGCUGCAUGGGCGCACCCUCCGGCCAGCUCUGGUGGGUGUGGUCAAAGCCCCCUAACUGGUUGUCAUACACUGUGGUUUUGAUGAGUUAUUGCUCGGAUAACAGAUCGGCUCUUGUACGUUAGCUGGUCUAUGUUCCAUUUUUCUGUUAAAGGGGCCUCUGAGAGGCAAAAUCCUAAAGAUAUUUACAACUGAAGGACAGUGCAACAGUAAUGCUAUUGUCCAGUUAAUUAGUGUUAAUUAAGAAUAUAUAUAAAAAUUUGAUAUAUUUUAAAAGCUUUGUGUAUAAGCGGUAGAAGAUGCACAGAGUCUUUAAUUAGCUGUGACAAUUUUAAUGUGGGUAGGAGCACCAUUCCAUAGACCUUGGGAAAAGUGAAUAUACUUCCAGGAAGACAUU